AUGGCGACAAACAUCAAGCUGCCGUCUGGUUUCUCGGCGACGCGUGGCGAAUUGCAAUCCGACAUCCAGCGACUUUGGCACCAUUCCUGUGGCACCGUUCUAAAUUGGAUGAUCGAGUUCCUCUGCGGGACGACUCCGCCACGGGACGAAAUGCGGCUGUGUGCGCAGUCCAAGAACACCACUACCUAG